CUGUUCUGUUCCCCAGAGCGACACUAAACCAGGCAAAUGAAACUGUGGUGUUCCAGCCAAAAUGUCUCUUAAGUCUUUUGUGCUUAUGCUACUUCAGGCUCCUGCCGUUCUGCUGUGGACAGAUUACCAGACGGUGAAUAUCCAGGCCUACACUCGGAUGAAGGGUAACGGCUCUGUAGACCAGGCAGUGGUGGUUCUUGUGAACGAUGCCACAUUUGCGUACUUUGACAAGGCAAAAAAGACAUUUGUCUUGCGCCCCAGUGCGACCACAGGCUUCUCCGUGCUGGACGACAGCGAUCAGACCUUCUGCAUGUACGAAGUUCUACAUGGUUUUCAUCGCCAGGAAGAAUAUCUCUCCAAGCUCAGAGAGCAAACAGGGGCUGUCAGGCCUCCUUUGGUUCGGCCUUCGGUCAAUGUGUAUGCCCAGUUCCCUGUGGCAGAAGGUCAAGCUAAUGUUCUUUAUUGCUAUGCCACUGGGUUCUACCCUGGAGACAUAGAAAUCAACUUUUUCCUCAAUGGUCAUCCAUCUGUCGACAAAGGUAUAACAUCUGACCUGAUGUAUGGUGAUGACUGGACAUACAGAGUCUAUAAGUACAUGGCCAUCACUCCUCGCCCUGGUGAGGAAUAUACAUGUGAGGUGAAGCACAGCAGCAUGGCAGAGCCCAAGAUGUCCACAUGGAGACCUGAAUUUUCUGCAUUUAAACCAAGUUUCUGGUGGGUGUUUGGUCUGCUUGGCUUCGUUUUUGGAGUCAUCAUUUCUGGAGUGAUUAUCAGAAGACAAACUCAGUUCCAGCUGUGAUGUUUGAAAAAUGUGCAGUUUAAGGGAUCAUGUUCUUUCUAUUUAUAGCUAUCUGUCAUCUCAUUUCAGCAAUAUAUAUAUAUAUAUAUAUAUAUAUAUAUAAUAUCCUCAGUUAUAAUUUAUUUCUGUA